AUGGGAAUAUGGCUGAUAGUUGAAGAGAUUAUGGGGAAAGCAGUUAGGAGUUCCAACACUAUAAAAGAGGAUCUUAGCAUUCAUUCCAAGGUGUCUGACUUCUCAGUCAUUCCACAGAGUCUGGUUUACGUGGAAGAUGGCAUAUUACAUCAGCACCUUAAAUGGGAAUAUAGAUCAAAAUCCGAAGAGGAACUUUCGGACAAAGGAACACUUCAAGAUUCACAACUAUGUUUAAUGAAAAAUUUUGACUUUAAGUCGAAUCUGAGAGGUCAUGGGUACAUGCCUAGGAACAUGGGAAUAUGGCUGAUAGUUGAAGAGAUUAUGGGGAAAGCAGUUAGGAGUUCCAACACUAUAAAAGAGGAUCUUAGCAUUCAUUCCAAGGUGUCUGACUUCUCAGUCAUUCCACAGAGUCUGUCUUUUGGAACCUCGAAGAAAUCUUCGCUGACAUCUUACAGUCUGAACUCAGCCCAUAGAACAGUAGAGGAUGUAGAACUUGGACCAGACUGGGACCAGAAAGCCAACAGCCUGCUGCGUAAACAUUUUGGGUACUCCGGGUUGAAAAGUUUUCAAAUGGAAGCUCUUGGUGCUUGGUUUUCUCAGCAAGACUGUCUUGUUCUUGCAGCAACAGGGUCUGGGAAAUCUCUGUGCUUUCAGCUACCUGCGCUUUUGACAGGGAAGGUCGUGGUCGUGAUUUCUCCAUUGAUAAGCUUGAUGCAUGACCAGUGCUUAAAGCUAUCAAAACAUGGCAUCUCUGCAUGUUUCCUUGGAUCAGGACAACCAGAUAACACCGUUGAGAAGAAAGCAAUGAACGGCAUGUAUUCCGUUGUAUACGUUUGCCUCGAAACACUGCUUAGGUGAACACAUUUGUACAUCAUCUGGUAUUGCUUGUAGUUUGAAUUGUUUCUAAAUGCCCUGCUGUUGUCACUUGGGACUGUAUGAUGU